AUGGCCUGUGCCAACCCAGUGCCUAAACUCUAUAAAUCUGUUAUUGAAGAUGUUAUUGAAAGAGUGCGGGACCUCUUUGCUGAAGAAGGUGUAGAGGAGCAAGUCUUAAAAGACUUAAAGCAGCUCUGGGAAACAAAGGUCUUGCAGUCUAAAGCAACAGAAGACUUCUUCAGAAAUAGUGUCCAUUCUCCUUUGUUCACUCUCCAGUUGCCACACGGUUUGCACCAAACAUUGCAGUCAUCAACAGCAUCCUUAGUUUUUCCUGCUGGUAGAACUCUGCCCACUUUUACUACAACAGACCUGGGCACCUCAAACUCCAGUGCAAACUUUGCUUUUCCUGGUUAUCCCAUUCAUGUUCCGACAGGUGUGACACUACAAACUGCAUCUGGUCACCUCUAUAAAGUCAACAUGCCAGUCAUGGUGGCACAGAGCCCGGGCAGGGGGAGUUUCCUUCCGCCUCCGAUGCAGCCAGUGUUUCAGCAGCUCGGGCCCCCUCCUGUCCUGCCCGCUGGUGUGCCUCGGCUGGCACCGUGCUUCCUCCAGGCUGCCACUGAGAAGGCCCCACCACCCUCGGUGCUGUACCCAUGUCCCAUGCCGAGAAACUGCUCGGAAAGUGCCAGCGGGGACGUGCUGGUGGCUCCGGGCAGUGACCCCCGUGGCCUGCCCGAGGCCCUGCUGGGCCAGCCCGAAGGCCCUGUGUAUGUCACCUACCCGGGGCUGGUGUUCCCACCGCAUGGGCCGCAAGUUGACCCCAAGGAGCCUGGGCGCCAGCCUGCCCCGAAGCGCAGGAUGCCCAUGAGUGAUGCCAGCAGGUGGCCUGGUACCACCCAGGAGCCGGGCAAGGAUUCUAUUUCUCAAAUGGAUUUAAAUGCUCAGGUGGAUGAUAAUGGCAUUAAUGGAAUAAUUCAAAUAGACGGAGCUGGUGAUACAUCUUCCAAUGAUGAAAUAGAAACUAAAAAAGACUUAGAUGAGAAUGAAUUUCCAGGGGCUAUUGAUGCAGGAGAUCUGAAGGUUCUUGAAGAUGAAGCCGACAGUGCAUCAAAUGAAGAUUCAACAGCCAACAGCAGUGAUAAUGAAGACCCUGAAAUAGACAUUGUCGAAGAGGACCCUUUAAAUUCCGGAGAUGAUGUCAGUGAACAGGAUGUGCCAGACCUAUUUGACACGGAGAAUGUGAUUGUCUGUCAGUAUGACAAGAUUCAUCGAAACAAGAACAAAUGGAAGUUCUAUUUGAAAGAUGGUGUUAUGUGUUUUGGAGGGAGAGACUAUGUAUUUGCAAAGGCCAUCGGUGAUGCAGAGUGGUGAAAUGCAUGAGCUCAGUAUCACAUAAACGUUCUUU